UGCCAGGUGAUGGGAUGAAGCUAUCAUACCUGCUGCAUUUCACGGCUAGGCCUAGUAAUCUGCGUGCAGGUUAUAAACUGUUGUGUUUUGCAGAUCCUAUGUCGAGUAGGAAUGUUUUGGUCGUGAAUAAAAUCGAUGGGUUUACAAUGUGACAGGGACCCCCAGUUCUCUGUGCCUUGGAAAAGUGGGAACGCAGCUAUGUGACGUUGCGGAAGAUGGAGAACUACGAGCCCAUUCGAGUUGUGGGAAAAGGCAGUUACGGUGAGGUAACAUUAGUGCGGGACAGACGGGAGAAAAAACGGUAUGUUGUCAAGAAGCUGAAACUUGAAAAUGUAUCACGACGUGAACGGAAAGCUGCAGAGCAAGAGGCUCAACUCCUGUCUCAGCUGAAACACCCCAACAUUGUGAUGUACAGAGAGUCCUGGGAGAGAGAGGAUGGCAUUCUUUAUAUUGUGAUGGGCUUCUGCGAAGGGGGAGAUCUUUACCACAGACUUAAGGAGCAGCAGGGACAGCUUCUGCCAGAAUCUCAGGUGGUGGAAUGGUUUGUCCAGAUUGCCAUGGCAUUACAGUACCUACACGAAAAACAUAUCCUCCACAGAGAUCUGAAAACACAGAACAUCUUUCUAACACGAACAAGCAUUAUUAAAGUAGGAGACCUAGGAAUUGCAAAAGUCCUUGAAAGUAAGCAUGACAUGGCCAGUACGCUUAUUGGCACCCCAUAUUACAUGAGUCCCGAGUUGUUCUCCAAUCAGCUGUACAACCACAAGUCGGAUGUGUGGGCUUUAGGUUGCUGCGCUUAUGAGAUGGCCACCCUCAAGCAUGCUUUCAACGCUAAAGAUAUGAACUCUUUAGUUUACCGCAUCAUUGAAGGAAAGCUAUCUUCUUUGCCAAAAUGCUACAGUCCACCACUGGGAGAACUGAUAAAGAAUAUGUUAAGCAAAAGGCCAGAGGAGAGACCAGACGUGCGGAGUAUUCUGAGGCAGCCAUUUAUAAAGCACCACAUCUCUAUAUUUUUGGCUGCUACAAAAGCAAAAGCUGUCAGGACCCGGAAGAAAUCUGUAGAAUCCAAAGCCAAUGGUGUAGAAACUGCAAAAUCUGACGUGGAGACAAACAAAGUUAAAAACAGGCCUACAAAAUCUGUUUCAGAGCCUCCCAGGAAGCCUAAAAAGAAUGAAGAAAAGAAUUAUCAAAAUUCUAAAGUCAGUAAUGCCUGUCAAGAAGGAAAAUCUUCCUUUUCUAAAUUAAGUGCUGGAGAAGAAACAUUCAAUAACUCCGGAAUCUCUGUUGCAACAAUUAGCAAAGUGGAUAUAGAUAUUCAACCCAUAGCUGAAAGCGAGAACUCUAAAAGAGAUGAUCCAGUGCUGGGUGAGCCAGUGAGACCCAAAGGAGCGUCUAGUAAGGAACAUCUCAGGCGGCAACCACAGAAACCUCUACCUCAAAAUGGCACAAAGCCAGUGACUAAAGCUCUAGUCUACCAGAUUUCUGCAGGGCUUGAUGACAAGGAAGACACAAUGCAACUCCUGCAACCUGUCAUUAGUGGAGGAGAAUCAGAAUUGCAGGGUGAUUUGGAUUCUACAGAGAAACUACUGCAGCCAUUUGAACCAGUUGCAUUACUUGAAGAGCUUCCUGUCCGAGAUCCUGCAACUCGAGAGAAGAGACACCCUAUUUUACAUCCUAGCAGUAGUAGUUCUGAGCCUUCACACUCACGGCAAAGCAAGCAAAAAGGGAGAGAAAAAAAUGCAGAAAAACAGAAACCUGUGACAGAGCCCAAGAGGUCAUUGCCAGAACGACCCUGCAGUGAAAAUAAAUUGCCUUUAAUGAAGUCCAACAGCAGUGCAGAUGAGCAUUGUGAUGAAAUCUCCAGGUCGGUGGCCCAGUCAAAAGACAGUGGAGUAGCAUCAUCACAGGAACGGCCAUUGUCUGCUAGAGAAAGGAGAAGACUAAAGCAUUCUCAAGAGGAUCUGUAUCCAGUUGUUUCUCCAAGGAGGGAUUCUCAUGAUGGAAGGCCAUCUGUAGAAAAUGAGCAUACUACAAUCCAUCACUCCUCAUCAGACUCAAAUAUACUUUGUGGAAAGGGAAAAAAGAACUUUUUCUGUCAUGUGUCAGAGGAAGAAAGUGAACUAAGUUCCUCCACAAGUUCUACUGACAGAUCAGAGGGAGAUUCCAAGGAUGGGAAAGGUGAUUUUACUGAAAUGCAUGAUUUAGUACAACUGAUGACACAAACAUUGAAAAUGGAAUUUGAAGAGAAAUGUAUAAAACAACCAAAUUCAAUUCCAAUGCCUAAAGCCAAGCCAAACAGAAAGUACAGAGACACGUUAAUUUUACAUGGAAAGGCAAAAGAAGAACCACCAGAAGAAUUUUGUUUCCGCUCUUUUCCAUCAGAAGAUGCUGGUGCACCAGAGAGAAUCCGAAGAAUAGUUGAAGCGCUGAGAGUAGAUGUGGUUAAAGGACUGGGAGUUAAACUGUUGGAAAAAGUAUAUGAAAUUUUGGAGCAAGAUGACACAAAAUGGGAGCAACAUCUACUGACGCAAAUGGGACCAGAUAAAUAUAGAGACUAUGGUAUGAAGGUACGACAGCUGAAAUUUUUUGAAGACAAUGGACAGUUUUGACAGCAUGGAAGAGAGUACGGUGAUGGGGAAUUUAAGAGAGUGAUUUAGUGUUGAAAAGGACAUCACAGUGCUAUGUGGACUGCUAUAUAUUUGUAUUGCUGUGUAGUAAGGAAGGUGCAGAAUGAAUAUCACAAGUCUUAGCACUUCAGUUCAACAUCUCUCCAAGGAUUGUGGUCCAAACAAGAACUUGUUAACAUCCCUUUACACAUCUGUUGUGUAUAAUGUGAUUACAAAACAAGAUGUAUACUGAAGUGUACUGAUAAAGGCAAUGGCACCCUUCUACCUGGGAAUAGGUAAUGCUUUUACUUAAAAAUGAGACAGUGUUCUUAAAGAUUUAGUAGAGAAUUAAGAAAUGCUGCAGCAGAGACAGACGUAUGAAUGAGAUUCCACAUGGUGUGAAUCAAUCCUUGAAAUGCUGUAAUAUGUUUGUAAAAAUUAAAAUUGAUACCAAUAACUUUUGCUUUUUACAUUAAGACAGCGUUUCAAACAGAGCAAUGUAUUUAUCGAUUUCUAGAUAAUCAGAAAAGUAAAUAUAAUAAUUUAAAAAGAGAGAUUCAGUUUGUAGGCGAGGGCAUGUUUUUGUACAGUUUGCUGCCAUGUGACAGCUGAUUUGCACUUUUCUGUGUGCUGUGGCUGUAGCUGUACCUUUAGUCACCAGGUCAACGUCUGAAGUACAUACACAAGACAUGCCAGAUUCCAGGCUGUGGAAUGGAAAUGCCUGUCUAGCAUUCACCAGCUGUUUGCUGGUUAACCAGAGAAUGCCAGAGAUGUUGCACUAGAGUCAGUUAUGAGGUUUGGAUGAAACUUGCAACUUCUUUAGAGACUAGGAAUGAAAGCAAGCUCUCUGGUUUUUAAAAUAAAUAAAUAAGUAAAUGCAAAAAAUGCAGUCUGUCUUUGAUAUAUGUCAUAUACAAACUCAGGCCGUUUGUACAGGUUUUAAGCAUUUGUCUCAAGAGGCAGUUGGCAAGAAUUGCCUGCUUGUCUUCAUAUUCUAAUUUUUAGCCUUAAAGUAGUGUCCUAUUGGAGGAGAUUACUUGUACUGGUCAAGUGAAUGAGGUCUGUGAUAGAGCAUUCAUUUGGGAUACAUGAAGUGCUCUGCCCCUGGGGAAAAAUUAGUAAGCCUGUACCGAUUGUUAUUGUGCAAGUUAUCAAAAUCUGAUAAUUGGGAUUGGCAGUAUAAUGUAGAAGAUUGUUUCUUAGGUGAUCACAAGCUUAAUCCUUUAGUCCUAGAUUCAACUCUGUCACUUUACAUUUGCGUGCUAUUUAGUGGAUAGGUCAUUUAAUUAGACACCAGUCUAUCUCAUCUUCACAGAAAACAACUAGUACCUGGCAGGCUUACUCAGGCAAGAGAUUAUAAUAAAUAAGGCUCAUACAUCAAGUGGCACAUGUAAAUGAGACAUUUUCUGAUGAGGGGUCUUCCACACAUCAUUUCUGCUUUUUGUAAUAUGUGUGCUUACAGAAUCUUUGCUUUGCAUGCCUUUUAGCAUUGCUGCCCUUACCUAACAUUACAGUCUUGAUUAUGAUAGCUUGUUGUUGUUUUAUGGAUUUGAUUGCUUUCUGGUGAUUUUCUGUUACUGUUUCAGUCAGAAUUUAUGACAUGUAGAGCAUUCAGAAAAUGUAAUUCCAUACAUGUCUCAUUAAGGUUGCAAAUCCCUCCUCUUUCCUCAUUAGUAGAGAGGCAUAUCUUAUUAUAGUUGGGCAACUAUACACUGAUAAACAACGCUUUAUUUGGAAGGGGAAAAAAGGAGGAAAACAGCUUUUUUAUUUUUUUAUUAUUUUUUUUUUUUUUUGCAAAGGGCAAGCCCCUUGCACCUCCAAGUGAGGGAAUUUGCUCUGCCACACCCACUUACUUACUCAUACCGAGUCUGUAGUUGCAAAAUUGCAGAGAAAUAGGAAAACUUGAAAAACAGUGAACCACUGUCCACUUUGUAAUAGAACAAAACUAGUGCUGGCAAUAACUUGAUAUUGCUUUUCUAAUAUCAAACCGUGACUACUCGAUCACUGGUAGAACAACCCAGCAGAACAGUGUAUUGGGCAUCACAUGGUCUGUCAAAAUAAAAUAAAUGGAGUGGAUGACACUCCUGUUUUUUUUUUUCUGUUGACCGUUUAAAGUCUGCCCCAUCAUUAAAAAAGCUUAACAUUUCAAGUAAAACUGAAAGAUAUUUUAUGUUCUACUCUUAUUUGCUGUUUGUUAAGCUUUCAGCAGGAUAAGAUCGCUCAUAACACUUUCAUCACUGAAACUGUAGAAAUAAAAUGGCUUACAUGUGUAAGAAUAUUUGCUUCCUAGGCAUUUACAUAAUUUCACUGAUUGCAAACGGAAAAACUGCAGAGCUUCCAACUUAACCACCAUCAACUAAAAAAAAAAAAAAAAAAACCUGCAGUCUCAUUCAGAAUGUCACAGUUUAUUAAAAAUGUUGCACUUUUAUUCCUAUUUUUUUACGGAACUACUUCAGAAUACAUUACAUCACUUCCUUCUACCUUUGUAUGAACACAAUUAUCACAUGAUCAGCCAUACAUCAAAAGACUUUGCUAAUCUGUAAAUUGCUCAAACCAAAUAAAGUUUUUAAUUUGAACUAUAAAGUUUUUAAUUUGAACUGCAAAAAACAUACCAACACCUGUUAAAUAAACAGGAGACAAACUAGAUUAAAAUGUAUAAAAAAUAAAUAUUCAUAAUUAUAAAUAUUAAUGCACCACUUCUUUAAUGUUAUUUACAUAACAGGCUGUUGAUUGCAGUCUUACCAUUUAUUCCAAGAGGACUUGUAGCAUUUAACACCAAUAUUUAUUCAGUACAUUUAUUCAGUAAAUGGUGAGUUAUUAUCAAUAGAAAUAACAUUUGUUCUUUUUAGCUUGAAUAAGCUUCAAAUUUACAAAGGUUUUUUGAUGUGUGAUUGAUCAUCUGUUAAUUUUGUUCAUAUAAAGGUAGAAGGAAGUGAUGUAUUGUAUUCUGAAGAUGUUCUGGAAAAACACUAGGAAAGGUUUUGCAUUAAGUACACUUUAACUCUUUGUAAUGAAGGUAUCCCCCCCCCCCCCACACCAAAAAAAAAAAAAAAAACGUGUUUCCCAGUUUCUACCCAACUUUCUUUUUAGACAAGCUUUAGUAGUUUAAAUAUUAGUUACACUUGCUGACGUCAUCUCCUAUCAAGUCUUUAAAUAAAUAUGUGUGAUUGUCAAAUUGCACCUGAGAAUUACAUUCACUGAGAUCUGUGAUGGAGUGCAGAGACUGUAGAUCCAGGUUUAACUGAAAGAGACUGCAUUCAUAGUCAGUAGUAAAAAGAUAUAUGGGACAAAGUCCCUCAUAUUCCCCCUUUAAGUAGCUGUGCUUUUCACAGCUGUACUGUCAGUAUGACCAGCUUUAGAGUUCUUGUACGUAGAAGGUAAAGGGAAAUGUUUUUACAGCAGUCUUCUAGAAGAAGCAUUGCAUGUCCACUUGUUUGAAAAACACUACUCGCACAUGCAGGUUUGAUCACAUCAGAGAUGUUUAUUCUGUUUAAGGGUGAUUCACAGAAUACUCAGCAGUGAAGCUUGUCUGCAUUUUAAAAAUGCUAUGGAAGAGUCAAACGUUUAAAAGCUGUUGAAGCUUUUUUACUUACCGGUACCAAAAAAUAUUUAAAAAUUUUGAAUUUAAAAUGAAAAAGGGAAAACAUGCAUAAAGAAGAAAAGAAUUAAAAAGGAAUAACUAAAAUAACUUAUUGGUCUUUGUAAACCUUGCUAAAAAAAACUAAGAAACUAUCCUCACCAAGGGUUGCAAAACCUGAUGAUCAGGCUGCAGAAGAAAAUUAUUUUCAUUUCAGGACACAAAAUCAGCAGCUUUAGUUUCUGAUGAUUCUUUGUCUCUUGAAGAUCCCAUUUUGAAAAAAUGUUUUUAAUAAUUUUAUCAACAGCAUAAAAUAAAAUAAAACCAAGUUAACAUACAAAAACAUAACACAUCAUCAUUCUUUUUUCAAAUGUAGUAAAUUUGAAGGAGACCUAAAUAAUACCAGUUUAUAACAUUUGCAGCUUUUAUUUUGGCCAUAGGCCUAUAUGCUGAUGUGCCAUUUGCCACUGAAAUUCAAAAGGUAAGUAUUCAGUUUGGGGGUAUGUGGAAUAGGCUUUAUGGCAUAUCAGAACAUAUAUAUAAUAAAAGCUUUAAAAAGGGAGUGAAACUUUAAAGAUUACUUCCAAAGGUCUAAGCUGUUGAAUCAUUUUGAAUCAUAGUAUGCUUGCCCUGUAGACAGAAAUGAUAAUAACUUUCUUAACUCUAAUAGUUAAAUGUAUUUUUUAAGAAUCUGGAAUUAGUUGUUUUCCUAUUAUGGAUUUUAUUAACUUUUGUAAUUUAAUCCUUAUUACAUCUUCUUGAGUUAGAGGUUUAGGGGUGGGCUGCCACAAUAAUAUUUGCCAUAGGUGUAUAUGCCAAAGUUAGGUUAUUAUUUUGAAAUAUAUUAUUGAGAUAAUUCUAUAGAAUCUAUAAAUAUUAAGUCUUUAAAAGUGGGAAAACACACCUGUGGUAUUAACCUUCCCCUUUUAAGAGACUAUUAGAGGAGUCUCAAUAACUGGUUGAUAAACUCUUAAAGUAUCCUCCAGGGUCCACACACUCCACGAAAUUAUGAAAUUAUUGUAUUAUAGUCUUAAUUUCUGUAGGCAGUUCAGCUUGUACACAGGCUGUCGUUUUUAAAAUUACCAGAGUAGCAGGAAUUGGUCAAUAAAGUAUGUAUAGUUAAAAAAAAUAAUAAAAGAAGUAUGUGUAGUAGUACCAUUUUAAAUGCCAUUAUAGUUUUUGUUUUAGGAUGCAUUAUCAGAAAAUUAGAUGUUAAGUUGUCAAUCUCGCCUUCAUUC